AUGGAUUCUACACAAACAAAUUCAAAAACGAAACCCAACUACUUUUUGAAAUACAGUUUGAUUGGACAUAAGAAAGCUGUAUCUAGUGUAAAAUUUUCACCAGAUGGAAAUUGGUUAGCAAGUGCUUCUGCUGAUAAAACGAUAAAAAUUUGGAAUGCAAUUAAUGGCCAAUAUGAAAAAACUUUUGAAGGACAUAAACAAGGUGUUUCUGAUAUGGCAUGGCGCAAUGAUUCAUUGACUCUGUGUUCUGGAUCAGACGAUACAACUAUAAGAAUUUGGAAUUUGAAUAUGGACGAAUCAAUAAAAGUACUUAAAGGUCAUACGAAUUACGUAUUUUGUGUAAAUUAUAGUCCACGAGGGAACAUUAUAGUUUCAGGGUCAUUUGAUGAAACUGUAAGAACAUGGGAUCCUAUAAAUGGAACGUGUCUAAGAAUUAUGUCUGCACAUUCUGAUCCAGUUUCUGGUGUACACUUUAAUCAUGAUGGAACAUUGAUUGCUUCUUCAUUUGUGAAAUUCUCACCGAAUGGCAAAUAUAUUCUUGCUUCAACACUUGACAACACAUUACGGCUUUGGAAUUAUAAUACAGGAAAAUGUUUGAAAGAUUAUACUGGACAUUUAAAUCAUAAAUAUUGUAUAUUUUCUAGUUUUUCUUUGAAUACUGGUGGUUCUGGUAGUAGCGGUGGUAAAUGGAUAGUUAGUGGUAGCGAGGAUAAUAAUAUAUAUAUAUGGGAUCUACAAAGUAAAGAGAUUGUACAAAAAUUAGCAGGUCAUAGUGAUGUCGUUAUUAGCGUUACAUGUCAUCCUAAAUAUAGUAUAAUUGCAUCAGGUGCAAUAGGAAACGAUAGAUCGAUCAAAAUAUGGUUUGAUAUGCAAGAUGAGAAAUUACAUAAUAUUUCUUGA